GUGGCUGCAAGUCGAGCACUCAUAAAAGCUAAAAUCUUUGCAAAGAGGACUGACAAACUUACACCGCCACUGUUUAAACUUUAAGGAACCGCAAGUACAACCAGGUUUAGGUUUUAAUAAAAAGUGAAAAAAUUUUGAUUGCUUGAUUGAUUGUAACCGACUAGCAUACGCCGGAAAUGACGUAGUCUGUCCUAAAACAACUGUCCUGCACAUUAGUGUGUAUAACGUUACCGUUAUAUAAAAUGGAGAUUUUACACUGCGAAAAUUUCCGUCAAUAUGAACAAAAUUCUCAUACAGAUAAUGAUUUUACUUCCAGCAGUUACACCAAAGGGUUCACACUCUUUGUGGAUGCUUGGGACGUACAUCAAAGGAGAGACACCAUUUCCAGAGUUUAGCGUCAAAUUUAUGCUGGAUGACGUCACUGUAGGAUACUAUGAUUCAGAAAUAAAGAAAUACGUUUCCAGAGGAAAUAAGACAGAUGAAGUUGAUGUGGUUAAUCCAAACCACGUUAAGUUUAUAAGUGAUCAUAUGCAUACUCAUAUUGUGAGAAGACUAAGUCAACAGAAACCUGACAAUCAAACUGAAGGUCCUCAAGUAUAUCAGGUGAUGAGUCUUUGUGAACUGUGGGACAACGAUAAAGGGCAGCUGAUCACCAAAGAUGCUUACAAAGGUUACAUUACAGAUGAAAAGCAUUUUUAUGACAACAUAUUAACAUAUAAAGGCACAGUUGAAGUAACACAACUGUAUCUGGAGCUCUCCAAGUGGCGUCAUGAGAUGUUUUACUACCCAGCCUGCAUAACAACUCUCAAGAAUUACCUUAAAAUGAGAGGAACUCAAGUGAAUAGAAAAGUGAAACCCAGAGUCCGUAUCAUUCACAAACCAUCUUUACAUUCUGGAGGGUCGCAGGUGAGUUGUCUGGCAACAGGAUUUUAUCCUCGACACAUCAAUCUGACCCUGUUCAGAGAUGGACAGCCUGUAUCUGAUGAUGAGAUCACUGGAGGAGAUCUGCUGCCCAAUGAUGAUGGGACGUACCAGAUGAGGAAGAUCCUGGAGAUCAGUGAAGAAGAACAGAGAGAGAAACACAAAUACACCUGCACUGCCAUACAUCUAAGCCUGGACAACAAAUUGGACGUCAAUUUGGAGUUGGAUCAUGGGACACCAUUAAAGCCAGUGCUCUCCUCAGUGCUAACAGUUUUGGGAUUCGUUAUUGUGACUGUGGCUGCAGUUAUUAUAUGGAGGAAUCGAGCAGCUUCUUUUAAAAGGGAAAAUUCUUCUGCAUCUACUUCUGAAGAGUAUGUGUGCACAGCAUCAUAAAGUUUUAUGUUAUCAUUAUGACAUGAAGCUACAGUAAGUGAAGAAACGUCUUAAAGAAACAAUGAAACGGUUCCAGCACAAACUGAUGAAAAAAAGCGUUAAUUUACCAAACAAAUAUGCAGCAAUAUAGACUUUAAAUCUAGCAAUAUAAUUCUCAGACAAUAUGGAAAAAUUAUUAUCUUUGUUAACACUGUAAGUGGUGAUAUCACUGUAUUUCACAGUUUUGGGCAGGUACCAGGGCAUUUAAAUGAAUGUUGUGAAGUUUGAGAUGUUGGACAGAUUAUUUUUCUAUAAAUGGUAACAGUUAAAUGUCAACAUAAAUGUAAACAGAUUGAAAAUUAGCUGCAGUUCAGAUACCAACAUUUAUUGUAACAUGUAUGAUUUCAUACACUAAAAAAUUCAAGGUUAAUUUUUAAGCCAGCUGUAGGGUUUGUUUAUAUUUCCUGUCAUCAUUUUCUUAUCUUCAUGUUGUUCGAAACCUGUAUGAGUUUUGUUUUUUAUAUUAGACACAAAAUAAGAUAUUUUAAUAAAUGAUGGUAAGCACAAAGCUGAAAACAAAUACAAUGAUAUUCAAUGACCAACUGUGUACUUAUCAUCGUUUAUCAAAACAUCUUCUGUGUUCAUCAGAAAAAAUACAUUAAUACAGAUUUAGAACAACAUGAGGAUGACGACAGAAUUUUAUUUUUUGGGUGAACUAUCCCUUUAAGAGAACUCUAUAAUACUGAACACUUUAAAUUAAUGCUGGGUUAUUUUAUUUUGGGGUCAAAAAAGGGCGAGCCCAGCAGCUUUGUUGAAAUUAGCCCAGAAAAUGUUUAUGUUUGAACCAACAAUUGGUUAAAACAACCUAGUAUUUUGGGUUGAAACAACCAAAUUAUCCCUUUUUGACCCAAUGCUGGGUUGAAAAAACCCCAGCAUUUUUUGGAGUGUACAGUUUGGUCAGUUAAUUAUUGUAAUGUUUGAGGUGACAGCCAGUUGCUUAGUGGAUUUCAAUUGCCAUUUGUUUUGAAAUGCAGCAAUAUUGUGUACCAGUGUCAUAUCUCUUUGAUAAAUUAUUUUAAAUGUAUUGCUUGGAUGCAAAACAAAGACAUUGAAUAGGGGCAUUGAGAGAGAAUAAAUGCAUUUAAUAAUUUGG